AUGCACGGCACUGAUUGUCCCAAAAAGGUUCUACCACCAUGUCAUGGGGAUUCCUCUCCUAUCCUACCAUAUCAGGGAGCGGGCCUAGGCUGUACAGAACGCAUUCGUUCAUCGUCCGCAAACUGCCGCCGCUCGCAAUCUGCAGCCGCAGUGAAAUAUCAUGACGGCCAAUCCAGAGGCUCGCAAAGCCCCGAAGAUCCGAACGAUGAUAAUGACGGGCGACCGACCAUCGCACCCAAUACAGAGAAUAGUUCUAUGCCGGGGAUACCGGACCAAGAUUCCGAUUCGGGGCCAAAUACGACAAUAUUGGGAGUUGUAGGGGGAUCCCUUGCCGCCAUCAGCGGUAUUGGUAUCGUCGUUGGAAUCCGAAUGGCCAAACGCAGGCGAACCGCCUCGAGUGCCACCUCCCCUGCAGAAGAUUCCUCCACAAAACCCCCUUCCCCAAUCUCAAAUAACCCACCCCAUCAAAGUAACUCCCCCGAUCACCUCCGAGAAUCCGUACCAAGCAUCGCUCUCGACAUUGACGACCUAAGCGAACUCGUAGCAAACAUCUCACGACCGACCACGACGCGGCCAGAAUUCUCGUAUUUGGCUGCUACACUUGUCCCUGCGCCGCCGUUUCCCACCGCUGCAUACGGGAACAAUAAAACGCUGAAGACCGAGCCUAAAAAUUGGAUUAGCAAAUCGCUUGACAAGAGACAAUUCCCCUCUUUACAUCGGACGUUGAGUGUCAAAUCCUCAUCUGACAGCCUGAACCGUCCCUCCCACACCGCCACUGCGUCCAAUUCUCUUAAACGCGCCGACACGAUCCCCCCUCUACCCAGUGUCCGCCCGAUCAUCACAUCGCGCCCCAAUACUCUCAACCGCCAAACCCCCAAUGUCAAUCCCAAUCCACCAACAUCUCUUACUCCUGCUCCAUCCGAGCGCAACCGCCAACCCCCGAAUGUCAAGCCUAACCCAUCAACAUCUCUCUCUCCUGCUCAAUCCAAGGGUCCAUCCGCCGACGUCCCCGAAAGCAGAGCCGUGACUCGCACGACUUCUACCAAAACACCACAGACUCUCAUUCCCAAACUCGCGCGCUCCAAUACCAUCCCUGCACACAAAUCCCCGCCAACUGGCUCAGCCCACUCGCUAGGAGCAUUGAGUGAGAUUUCCGAAUCCGAAAAUUUCUUCUCAUACAUCUCUCGGGAACGUUGA